AUGGAUGAAUUGGUGUCAGUGAAGGAUUUCAAAGAGCAGGAAUUGAAGUUUCUUCAUUCGGUUAGAAGACUUUCUAAGAAAUGCCAAGACUAUGAAAAAGGAACCUAUUCAUCUCUAGACCCGAUUUCAUCUGUCUUAGAUGAUUUAAAACAAGUGGAGUUAGCAAGUAUAUCUAUUCUUGCUAAACAUAUUGGGUUUUUUGAAAAAUUAGACAUAUUUUGUGUGAUAAGUAAAGAAGUUGCUACCCUUCUACAGGAUUCAAAAUUAAUAGCGGCAUAUGAACAAUUGCUAAAUAAUGCUACAAAUAUUAUAUUAAACACGAAUGUUGUAUUAUUCAGGACUGGAGAUAUUAGCUUAGUGGAAGGAACAAUUCAAAUAUAUCAACGAUUAACAAUCUUUGAAAGUUUUUCAGAUCUUGGCAAUAUUUCUAAUGGGUUUAUUAAAUUGAGAAAGAUUAUAUCUAGUUUUGAAAACCAAUUUUUUGCUAAAUAUAAAUUGUUAAACAAUAAUAAUUUAAUAUUUGAUAAAGUUUACAAUUUGUUAUCUCAUUCAAAGGAUAAAAUAACUGUUCCUAAAUUUAAUGUCAUCAACAUUGAAAACCAUACCCCAUUUAAAUUGAAUAAGAAUAAAUUUUAUGACGACAACCUUUUAGUAGAUCUUGCACAGUUGAAUACAGGUGAACUGGCUAUCUUAAGGAUAAAUUCUGGAAGAUUACCAAAGAUUUUUAAAUCUAGUAAAGAUCUACUAAACGAAUUGAUCAACAAGAAUUACUACUUAUUGAAAGUUGGAAGGACAUUAUUAUUUAAGACAUUGAGACCAAGUGACCUGAAAUUAAUCAGAUUUUCUGGGACAAGUGUCGAAUUACAGACUACAACAGCUAACAAUGUUAAUUUGAAAAUGGUAUGUAUGGAUCCUUUGAAAUGGCCUACUUUAUGGAAACCAUAUUUUGAAAAACAGUUCAAUGGUGAAAAUUCAAAUAUCAGAUAUAUUAAUAAGAUGAGAUCUUUUGAUACACUUCCUAGAGAUACAAAUAAAUUAGUUAAUGGUUUAUCUGAGUUUGUAUCAGACGGAGAACCAUCACAGCAUUCAACAUUUGAAAAGAAACCAAUAGGUGAUAUUCCUCAAUUGCUUGAAGAACCAUCUCUAUGUGAAUCUGAAUUAUCUCAACAACCUUCUCUUCGUGAUAUCGAAUCUUUGAGUUAUGAGAAAUUAAUCGAAUUAGAUCAAAGUAUAGAAAUGUCAUUAUCACCCAAAAAUCCCCAAUUAUCCCCAAAAUUCAGUCAACUUCGUUCUGAAUCGCAAGUGUUUUCAGUUGAUGAAAUUGUUACAAAUGAACAACCAGAUUCUCCUCAAGGGUUAUUUUUCUCAAGAACUUCUGAUAGAAACUCCAACAGUACUGUUCACGAAAAUGAGGAUGACUUAGAAAGUGUGAUAUCUUCAGAGUUAGAUAAUGAUACUACUGUAGUUAAGGUAAGUUCUAAUUCCAUAUUCAACCCAAGUGCGGACUCUUAUAAACCAAAGUUGCUCAAUCCAGCAUCAUCAUCUUUGUUAAGUUUGUUUACUAAUCGUAGCAAACCAAAUUUAAGUAUUGACACCUUUGAAUCUGAAAACAUUUCUAUUUUCACCAAUACUUCAACAUCUGAAUCUAACACUCCACAAUCAGCUGUCAGUGCAUAUCAUACUCCUAUUAAAGAAAGAAAAGAUGUCACGGUACCAAAGGAUAUCGAUCUUUCAAAUAUUCUUAUAGAACAAGUAUCUACUAAAGUUACACGUUGGAGUGGUAAAGAUUGGACUAUCUUAGGUCAUUCAAACUUACAUUUGGUCAUAUCACAAGUUCCAGGUAAACAUACCGUGUUAACUGCAUUCACAGAUGAUUCCAAGACGAGAUGUGUAUUUAUUGUUAAGAUAAGUCACGCAUGGAAAUGUUUCAGAUCUACUGCGCAGGAUAUUCAAAUGAAGAUCCCACCAUCAGAUUUUAUGAUAAGUGCAAUGGAUGUGAAGGAUACUAUUGAAACCAUUAGUGUUAGAUGUGUCAAAAUUGAUAAUUUUAUGAAUACUUUAUUACACUGCGUCAAUGGUGUUGUGCCUGUAUCACUAUCUUCAUCUUCCACUAUCAGAACCCUUUCUACUACAACAUCAUCAUGUUUCAGUGAUAAUUUGCAAAGAUCUUCCACUUAUCAAUCUGAGUUAAUAACAGAUAAUAAUCAAGGUACAGCGAAGGAGAUAUCUCAACUAUUACUGUUAGCUGCCGUUAAAGCAAAACGUCAUGAAAAUAUUCAAAAGAAAUGGGUUCUGAAGGAUGUCGGUUCUCUUGAUAUUAUAUCGUUAGAGUCCCAAAGUUUAAGGACAGGUAUAACGUUUGAAUUUGUAAAGACUACAUCAAGUGAACGCAUGACUAACGAUAAACAAACAUAUUCAAAUGAGCUAGGCAAGAUAAGAAGACUAGGUAGAACAGGUAUAGUAAUCAAGCAAGAUUUUAAAGAUCAAUUGUUUGAAUUCACUAAUCAACUAGUCGCAGAACAAGUGUAUAAAUUAAUUCAAGGAAUAUGA